AUUUUUUUUCUUCAUAAAUCAUUUAAUUAGUCUUGCUGCUCAAUUGUGUAGUUUUAGAGCAAUAAAUCAUAAGAGAAAUGGUAGCUGGGAGGCGACGGUAUCCUGUCUACUUUCUUGCUACCUUUCUAGCUCUGUUAAAAACAUCAUUGCUUCUAGCAAAUGGUGAAGCUUUUGAUUAUCCAUCAAUUGCGAAGCCUCCAGGCACUUGGAUUAACAACGUCUCAAACUAUAGUUGGGACUCAGGCUGGUUGACACUGCAACCUAUUUUGGUCAAUGGGGAUUUUGUUUGUGGCUUCCACUGCAAAGUUGAACAAAACAACACCUGCCUCUUUGCUAUCUCCAUCUUCAAUUUCACUUCCAUCUCUGACAUGAAUUCACAAAUCGUAUGGUCGGCUAAUCGAAGCAAUCCAGUUGGACGUGGGGCACAAUUGCAACUUUCCCAACAAGGGGAUUUAACGCUGCAAAAUGUUGAUAGCACUCUGAUUUGCUCAAGUGUGAAGCCUCCCUUCCCUUACACUAACAUCAUCUCAGACUCUAGUUGGAAAUCAGAAGAGUUGAUACUGGAACCCAUCUUUGUCAAUGGGAAUUUUGUUUGUGGCUUCCACUGCAAAUUAGAAGAAAACAACACCUGCCUCUUUGCUAUCUCCAUCUUCCACUUUGAGUCCAACUACUGGACAAAUUUAAAAAUGGUAUGGUCUGCUAAUCGAAAUGAUCCUGUUGGAGGUGGGGCAAAAUUGCAACUUUCCCAGCAAGGCGAUCUAACACUGCAAGAUGUUAAUGACACUCUAGUUUGGUCUACCAAAACAGCAGGUAAAUCUGUUUCUGGGUUGAAGUUAACUGAUCAGGGUAACCUUCUGCUGUUUGAUGGAAACAAUGAGACGGUUUGGCAGUCUUUUGAUCAUCCAACAGACUGUUUAGUUCUCGGACAGAGUAUAGUUUCUGGGCAGAAAUUGAAGUCAAAUUCCUCAACCACAGAAUGGAGUGAGGGUUUAUUUUCAUUCUUAAUUGAUAAUGAUGGUUUUUUUGUUGCUUCUGCGGAGUCAGAUGCUAGCCUAGUCUAUUACCUUUCCCCUGGUUCUCAAUUGAAAAGCAAAACAGGGCAGUUUUAUGCUAAAUUUACUAACACAAGUCUUGGUGCUAGCCUUUCUCCAGGAUUGGGCGUUAGUUUUAUACAAUUAGGGUCUGAUGGGCACUUAAGGUCCUUUGGGUGGGUAGAAUCAGAAUGGAAGGAAGUGGAUUUGUUUGAGAACCAAGUCGGUAGUUGUGAUUACCCAUUGGCGUGUGGAAAAUAUGGAAUUUGCUUAGCGGGACGAUGCAGUUGCCCAGAACAAGAUGAAAACGAAACAGUGCACUUCAAGCCGAUUGAUCCUUUUCAGCCAGAGCUUGGGUGUUCUCCAUCUGUACCAUUAAUAACCUGUAAGUCUCGUCUUCUUGAGAUAAAAAAUGUUUCUAGCUCCACUCUCUUGCAGUCAAAUAAUUAUCAUAAAACAGACAUAGAGAGCUGCAAGCAAACUUGUUUAAACGACUGUUCUUGCAAGUAUGCAGCUUUUCAAAAUAAUGGUUUUAACACAUCAACUGGCUGGUGCUCGUUUGGAUCUGAAGCUUUGUCAUUUAAAAGAGAAGUGGAUACAUAUUACAAUCCAUCUGUGUUUUUAAAGGUGAGUUCUUCAACUGAACAUAUUCCACAAAAGGAUCUUCCAUCACCUAGAAAGAGAAGACAGAAUGUAGGACUAAUUCUUGGAUCCACUCUCGGAGCCACUUUCAGCGUGCUUCUUAUCUGCACUCUCCUUUUGCUACAAAUUAAAAAGGAUCCAAAGGAUGUUGAGGAGGAUUAUUUGGGCCACAUCUCAGGAACAUCCACGAGAUUCUCUUAUGAAGAGUUAAAGGAUAUAACAAACAACUUCAGCAACAAGCUUGGUGAGGGAGGAUUCGGUUGUGUUUUUCAAGGAACAUUACCUGGUAGUACUCAAGUUGCAGUAAAGAUUGGUUGGGUUUUGUGCUGAGAAAGUACGCAUGCUUUUGGUUUAUGAGUACAUGUGUAACGGAUCAUUGGAUCAAUGGAUCUACUGCAGAGACAAACUGCU